CCUCUGAGGUGUGGUGAGACACAAACAAAACAGACAAACAAGUAGAGACGAGGAGUAAAAUGACUCAGUCAUAAGGUGGUAUUCUUGUUGUCUGGACAGACGAUCCCCAUCAGUACACAAACACUGGGUGAACGCUGCAAAGACAGGUGCGAUCAGACAGAAGGAAAGAAAGAUGGCCGAGACUCCAAAAAUUGAGCUCUUUGUUAAGGCCAGUGACGAUGCUGAAAGCGUUGGGAACUGUCCCUUCUGUCAGAGGCUCUUCAUGAUUCUUUGGCUGAAAGGGGCCAGCUUUACCCUCACGACUGUCGACAUGCGGAGGGCACCUGAGGUGCUGAAAGAAUUGGCUCCUGGAUCUCAACCUCCUUUCCUCCUCUACAAUGAUGAAGUCAAAACAGACACCAACAAGAUCGAGGAGUUCCUGGAGGAGACCCUAGCCCCACCAAAAUUCCCCAAAUUGUGCUGCAAAUACAAGAAAUCCAAUGAAGCAGGAGAAGACAUCUUCAGAAAAUUUUCAGCGUAUAUUAAGAACCCGAAUCCCGGGUUGAAUGACAUGCUCGAGAAGAAAUUUCUGACCACUCUGAUAAAGCUCAACAUGUACCUUGAGACGCCGCUACCUUAUGAGCAGCAGAAGGACCCAAACAUCACUAAGUCUUCACGCCUCUACCUGGAUGGAGAUUCCCUCACUCUGGCAGACUGCAACCUGUUGCCCAAACUCAACAUUGUGAAGGUGGUGUGUAAGGAGUAUCGCAACUUUGAUAUCCCUACACAGCUGAAAGGUCUGACACAAUACCUGGAGAAUGCCUACAAACGCGACGAGUUUCGUCACACCUGCCCAAAGAAUGAAGAGAUCCUCAUUGCCUACAAAACUGUGGCCAAAUACCUGACCAAAUAGAGCAGGUGUGGGAGGUGAAGCAGUGUGUGUGUGUGGAAAAAUCGAAAAAUGCAGUUCAGAAGAUCUGAACGGCAGCAAGAACCUCAAACCUCAACAUGAUAUUUUAAAUUUACUCUAAAUACUCAAGUGUGGUUGCUUAUAAUGUUUGCAGUUGCAUUUUUCUUUAUGUGUUUUGUACAGUUCUUAUAAUUAUACUAUUUUAGAGUCAUUUUUAUUAACUUUAAAGUGUAGGAAUGCAGUUUUUGUAUUUUGUCUCAUUGUGUAUGUCUGUUUUAUGGCCAAACAUCAUGGUUUACAGUUAUGAAUAGCUUUAGCAAGGAUCAAUAUUUUAUGUUCAUUAAUAUAUAUAUAUACGGUUAGCUAAUUAUAUAACUAUAUAUAAUUAUAUAAUUGUAUGUAUUAAUAUUUCAGAGCUAACUCAGUGUGGUUUUCCUUCACUGUAAAAAAUACUUAACUGAAUGAAAAAGAGUAAAAAAAAUGUAACAUUCGAUACUGAAGGGUCCAUUGUGAGAAAAAGUCCAUUUUGUUGACAUAUCUUAUUGGACAAAUAUUGAACAGGGUGUACAAUUUAAACAUAGAAUUUUGUGUUUUUAACAACUGCAUGACAAAAUGUGUAAUUUAAUUGCAGGGUAAUAAGAAAUAAUUGCCAGAGAAAUGGGUGUAUCUUAAAAGGUGUAUAUGUGUGACACAAGCAGCAAACUUUCUCACAAAGGACAAGUUCACACACAUACACAUGCACACACACACAAAAUACACAUUUAAGUUCAACCUCUGUAAAAUAAUAAAUAAGAUAAUAAAUACUUUCAUGUGAACACA